GCUCGGCCCCCCCCGGGCCCGGCUCCCCCGGGCCCGCGCAUGGAGCACAACGACGGCGAGCCGGCGGCCGCACGGCUCGGCUUGGCCGCGGGGCCCGGGCAGCAGCAGCAGCAGGAGCCGCCGCGAGCGGCCGAGGGGGAGGCGGAGCCCGAGGAGGAGGAGGCGGUGACGGUGAUGGCGGCAGACGCCGAGCACAUCGAGAUGGGAGCGCCGACGAUGCCCAGCGCCGACGAGGCCGCCGCCGCCGCCGCCUUCGCAGAAGUCACCACAGUGACAGUAGCCAACGUGGGGGCCUCUGCAGACAAUGUUUUCACCACGUCUGUGGCCAAUGCAGCUUCAAUUUCAGGACACGUGUUGUCUGGGAGAACAGCCCUCCAGAUUGGGGACAGCCUGAACCCUGAGAAGGCCACUCUGAUCGUGGUGCACACGGACGGGAGCAUCGUGGAAACCACCGGGAUCAAGGGGCCUUCGGCACCUCUCACACCAGGACCCCAGUCUCCUCCUACCCCGUUAACAACUGUCCAAGGGAAAACUGGGACCAAGUACAACUGGGACCCGUCUGUGUAUGAGAACGAGCUCCCGGUGAGGUGCCGGAAUAUCAGUGGCAUUCUGUACAAAAACAGGCUCGGCUCAGGGGGCCGUGGCAGGUGCAUCAAGCAGGGGGACAACUGGUACAGCCCCACCGAGUUCGAGGCCAUGGCGGGCCGAGCCAGCAGCAAGGACUGGAAGAGGAGCAUCCGCUACGCCGGGCGGCCCCUGCAGUGCCUUAUCCAUGAUGGGAUUUUAAAUCCUCACGCUGCCUCCUGUACUUGUGCCGCUUGCUGCGACGACAUGACACUGAGUGGCCCCAUUCGACUCUUUGUGCCGUAUAAAAGGCGGAAAAAGGAAAAUGAAAUGCCUGCAACUCCAGUGAAGAAGAAUUGCUCCAAAAACAUCACUCUGCUUCCUGCCACAGCCGCAACCACGUUCACCGUGACUCCCUCUGGACAGAUCACGACCUCGGGGGCGCUGACCUUCGACCGCGCGUCCACCGUGGAGGCCACGGCCAUCAUCUCGGAGAGCCCGGCCCAGGGGGACGUCUUCACGGGGGCCACAGUUCAGGACACCAACGUCCAGCAGCCUUGCCGGGUGUCCCAUCCAGAGCCUCACUAUCCCAGUUACCAGGACAACUGCCAGAUCUCCCCUUUCCCCGAGGCCGCGCUGCCGACGUCUCACCCCAAAAUCGUGUUAACCUCUCUCCCCGCCCUGGCCGUGCCCCCCACGACCCCCACCAAGGCCAUGUCGCCGUCGGUGGUGAACGGGCUGGAGGUGACGGAGCAGCGGAGCUGGCUCUACCUGGAGGAGAUGGUCAACUCCCUGCUCAGCACCGCCCAGCAGCUGAAGACCCUGAUCGAGCAGGCCAAGCAGGCCAGCUCCUCCUUCCGAGAGGCCGCCGUCACACAGGCCAAGAUCCAGGCGGACGUGGAGAGGAAGGAGCAAUACCAGAGCCAGUUAUUCCAACAAACAGAGGAUGUGGAUGGGAAAACAGAAAUCAUCAUCAAGCAAUCCUGUGUCAACUGCGGGCGGGAGGCCACCAACGAGUGCACGGGGUGCCACAAAGUCAACUACUGCUCCACGUUCUGCCAGCGGAAGGACUGGAAGGACCACCAGCACAUCUGCGGCCAGUCGGCCACGGUGACGGUGCAGGGUGACGAGGUGCACGUCACAGACAGUGUCAUGGAGAAGGUCACCGUGUGAGCAAACUACCUCCGCAGCCGUUCCCGGGCACGCGGGGCCGGCUGGAUCGGGACCCGGCGGAACGGUCUGUCCUGUGCCAACGGCACUGUUCUCUCUAGCAGAAUCAUUUUUGAUUGGCUUUUUGAUACUGUGACAGCGUUUGUCUACUCCCGAGCCCCUUUCAUAACUUUGGAUAAUACAGAGACUGUGAAAACCUCAUCUGGAACGCCCCCCCAUACGCACACUGGGAUCCCCCUUUGCCUUUGGGAGGCUUUGCCUUUGCCUGACUGGAUCCUCCACCAUGUGGAUUACAGCAAUCUCCUCAUCUCUCUUGAGAUUAAUCUAAAGCAGGUGCUGCAAGGAGAUGUGCCAGUAUUUCCUCCUCCCGGGGCCUCCCUACCUCUUGUUUGAGAAGAGAAAUGAACCUUUGGCUUAUUUAAUUGCCUUGACAGAGUCGGUACAAGUUCUUAGUUUGGCUUUGGAAGGAUUUUUGUUUUUCCUGUGUUCCCUCUGUGCUAGGCAAAUUUGGAACACGUUGGAGCUUCUGCAUUUAAAUACCAUUGAAAAACAACACAUUGUUCAAUAAAAUGCGGUGAAAGCAC